UAGGUAGGUAAGUAGGUACUAGGUACCUAACAAGUUCCUACACUUACCCAGUCCCAGUAGCUAGAAAAAUAUUAGCGUGAACAGUGUCUGAAUUGUCGUCUAAAAUAUAAUGGUACUGAUAAAGUUUAUCGUGUCAUAAAGUUUAGGUAAUUUUUAUUGAUACUAUCUAAGAAUCUUGUGUGUGUUUUUAUUCAAUAUUGUUAAAAUGACACUUAUUAAAAUGUACACAAUAUGCAGUGAAUAUAUAAAUAAAACGAUAGUGAUAAAUAAGGUGUAAUCUGAAUGUUGCAAGUUUAUACUUCAAGAAGUACCAAAGAUGGCAUCAAAUAUAAGUGAAGGAGCUUCCAGUAAUAAUAACGUAAAUAUGGAUACUCUAGAUGAUUCAGAAAAGAAUGCAAAAAUAUCGGACUCGGCGUAUUCAAACAGUUGUACCGAUAGUCAAGCAAGGAGUAAUAGUUCACAUUCUACACAUUGUGGCAGUCACUCAAGUGGCAGCAGUGGAUAUGGAGGAGAACCUACUAAAUCCGGUUAUAGUACUAAUAAUCUCAGCCAACCCCCGGAAAAGAAAAGGAAGAUAAACAAGAAGAAGACAGCAGAAUGUGAAAAACUUAAAAGUAAAAAGAAGGACCCAAGUCCUCCAAAAUUUGAAAUAGAAGUAACAUUGAAAGAACAAGAAGCGAAUGGCGCAAUUGAAGCUUCGAAGACACAAAUGUCGGAAUUCGGAAGUAACGUUGAAAAUGUGGACAGCUCAACGGAACCAGAACCACCGAAUUGCGCAAACGCUAUUAAUGAUAAUAAGAAAAGUUCCAGCAAUAUUCCAAGUUCCCCGUCGAUGGAUUCAAUUCCUUUUAAUGCUGAAUGCUUUUCGUGUGUAAUGUCGAUGCAAGAUGGUGUUGUUAUGCACACUACUCCAGGAAUAACAUCAACUUUAGGCUACCCUAAGGAUUUCUGGGUGGGAAGGCCGUUUAUAGAGUUCCUUCAUCAGUGGGACCGGAAGACCUUCGAAUCGGAAUUAAAUGAUUUGGUUGCCGAAAAUGUAAAUAGUACAAAGAAAAAAGGCAAUGGUGACAUGACUACGACAGUCGUAUGCCGGUUAAGAUGCUAUAAAGCGCUAUCCGCCGGUUUCGAAAUAAGGGAGACAAUCGCUACUUUUACGCCAUUCCUACUAAAGCUAUCAUUCAGAAAAAUAUGCGACGAAGAGGGCGAAGUGUGGUAUCUUCUUGUUCAGGCCACGCCAUUCAUUUCUGCAUUUAAAGCGCCGAACGAGGUAGUAACAAAGGCGGUAGCCUUCGUAUUAAGACAUUCCUCAACGGGGGAAAUAAAGUACAUAGAUACGGAGUCAGUGCCGUAUCUGGGAUAUUCCCCGCAAGAUAUUGUUAACAAAGACGCUAUCGCCAUGUACCACCCCUAUGAUCUGGAAUAUUUACUGCAUGUGUACGAAACUAUCAUGAAAGUAGGAAGCGCACCACGCUCGUCGCCUUACAGAAUGAUGACACAAAACGGUGAUUAUGUAAAAUUGGAGACAGAAUGGUCGUCUUUUUUCAAUCCGUGGUCGAGAAAACUGGAAUUCAUUAUUGGUAAACACUUGAUACUCGAGGGUCCAACUAACCCAGAUGUGUUUCAAAGCCCGAACCCGGAAGUACAAAAUCAAUUUCCUGAGGAUGAUGAUAAUAAGGCCAAAUCGUUGAGGGAAAACAUCAUAAAGAUACUAAAUGAGCCUACAACUAAAUCCGAAGAUUUAGCCAAACAGGAGAUAGCGAUUCGAUGCCAGAAAGUAGCCUCUAUCAUUGAAAGCCUAAACGAAAAAGCACCGAAUGUAGACAAAGAGAUUUGGAUCGAUAUUCAAGAGCCUGAAAAUGUUAAUUAUGACAGGGAUUCAGUUCUGCUUGGGAGCAUAUCUCCUCACACCGACAGUAUUGUCAGCAAGGCGAGCACCGAAACUCAAGUCAACUACAAUCAAUUGAACACCGAUGAAAAUUUAGACAGGUACUUCAACCGUUGGUUAGAACAUUGUGUGGAAGAGGAGAUAGCGGAGGCCGAACCUAAUAAUGGUGAAGCUAAUUUGGAGAAUUCUAAUGAGGCUAAUGGGGAAUUGGCGUCGGUGGAGGAGCAGUCCGAAGCUAGCAAGAUGGCCGAUUUCUUCAAGUCCAGUGUUACAUUGAUACCUAAUAAUCACGGCCAUGCUGAUUAUAAACCCACAAGAUUGUCUGAAAAUAUUUUAGAAAAGCAUGAUUCGAUAAUGGAGAUGGAUCUAGUGAAAAAGCAUCGAGAAAUCCCGAAAGAAAAUAGAAAGAAAUAUUCAAAGGAGGUGAGGUUAAAGCAAAAGGAGCAUUUGGCAAGAUGUAAUGCAACGUUCACACCAGCCACUGCGGGGUUACUGGCUGACUUACAGUCGAAUGGCCUAAAGCGUACAUCUAAAUUCUGUGAAGAGUCUGACGGUGUCAAUUAUCUCUAUUCAAUUGCAAAACAACCUCGGCGUGAUGGGACAGGAACUAGCUCCCCUCGUUUGUACGUUAAUUUACCUAACAGUGAUGUCACAACUUCAGUGCCGCCAAAUAAAGAGAAUAGCGCCAAUCAAUUUUCAUUUGAAGUUGGCUUUCCCCAACAGAUGUCGCCUUUGGGCCCGAAUGUGGCAACGCAAGUGCCUUUUUUGUCACCUGGACCGUAUUUUAAUGGAACGCACGCGCAUUUGUAUGAGGAAAUGCAGCAGGAGAAAAACCAUCCAUCUACAUCAAAGCAACCGCUUCCCCUACCUACCGACAACUACCAGGAGGCAUGUAAACUCAUUAUUCCACCGAAGACGAGCAAGUCGAUAUCUUCCAGUGAAUGGAGAAAAAAGAGAACGAAACUCCAGACACGUGCCAAUAAUAUCAAUGAAAGCAGUGGCGACAGUAUAUCAUCAGCGAACGUUUCUAAUUUGAGUACAAACGCAGUUACUUUAAGCCAGAACAACGAGAAAGAUCCGAUUGCCAACAGCGGGACGAAUGCAGAUAAGACUGAUGAUGAAUCUUGGUUUUCUUCAUUUUCCUCUCACAUAUAUAAGAGUGAAACUGGCAGCCCAGAGGAAUCCGAAAUGAAAAAGAAAUCUACGAUAUCAUCACUACAAACCAAUCGUCAAACAAUAAAUAAGGUAGCAAUGAAGAAAAUAGAUCCCCCGUGGCUGGAUGAUGUGUGCCUUACUCCUGAGAUAAUAUACAAAUAUCAAGUCAAAACCAGAAGCUUGGCGGAAGUACUUGCGGAAGACAAGAAGAAACUCGAAGCCCUAGAGCAGCCGAGCUUGGUCAACGAACAAUUGAGCCAGUUGUAUUACGAGCUCAAAUUAGAGGGACUUCCGGAAAAAUUGACUUUAGAGGAAGGAAUAACGAGUUCUAGCAGUUCUGGUGAUGAUACCACUAGUAACACAGAGGAUCGAAGAAGGAAACGUGAACAUGGCAAACUUGUAAUUAUUUAUGAAGAAGACGCUCCCUUGCCAUCACCAACAGAACAUGUGCGUAAUGAAGAUGAUAAUUAAUUAUGAUUGUAUGAUUCGAAAUCAUUAUUUACUUAUUAUAUUUUAGAAAGUCGUGCUAUUAUAUUAUAUGUGAAAAUAUUUGUUUAUAUUAUGUACAUUAAAAGUAGUUUUACAUUAUUUACUCUAAGUUCAUUAUAUAAGAAUACCAAUUGUAUUCUUUACUUGGUAUGAUCUGCCGAUAAGUCUGUUGUUUUUAUAUAAUUUAUAUGGUUGGCUGUUAUAUUAAAAAAAAACGAAAAGUAACUAAAAUAAAUAAUCUCGAUAGAAAAUUUGCGUAGCACUUACGUGUAUUAUACGUUAGUUAUUGACAAGAAUAGGUGUAAAAUAUAUAUAAUUAUCUAUUAAACACUCCUAUACACAUUCAGUAUUUUUUUAAUGUAAAUUAUGAACAAAAACAAGGUGUCACUUGUAAUAAUAUAUGAGACGUAAGCAUUGUUAAGUGUAAGUUUAUUAUAAUAAUAUUAUGUGCUAUGUAGAGUCCGGCUAACGAAAGUUGGAAUUAUUUAAAAACUUUUGACAUGGUAUCUCUCACGCAACGUCAUGGAUAAUUUGACAAACAAUAUCGCAAUUAAAUAAAACGUGGGUCAAAAUCGCGCCCAAAGAAGUCGGUUACAAACAUACAGGUGAAGCUAAUAAAAAGCGUGUAAAAAUGGAUUCAAAUGCGUAACUGCGUUUUUAUUUUAGAUUUGUACGUAAAUGUUACACUUUUUUAUUAUUUUACUUAACCCGAUGUUUUCAGAUCUCGUUGGCAGGGGGACGCGUUUUAAUACUAUUAAUAGUGUUUUAUUUAAAUGUGUAACACUCGCGUUAAUCUAAGAAAAUACAAUAUCGCGAUUGUUCAGUAUGACCAUUUAGUUUUGAUACUUUGUUCAAAUAAGUGUGCAUUAUUGUCUUUUUACCUUAAAACUGUUGUAUUUUGGUUCAUAUUAAUUCUGUUUUACGUAUUUUCAAGAGAAUUAUAUUUAUUUAUUGCAUUUACGACUUUCGGUAAAAUGAAUUUUGUAAUUUUUCAUAAAAGCGAUUAUAAUCUUUAUAAAAUUCCGCACUUUUGACUAUCGGAAUAUCGAAAUUCGGAAUAAAAUAUUUCGGACUAUUGCUAUUUGUUAUUUCCAAAAUUAACAAUGUUAUCAGCUGCAGAAUUUUUAAUUUACCGCCGUUUCUAAUGGCCAUCUUUCAUUAGCCAGACUAGGCAUUGUUAUGUAAAAGCUCAUAUUAUAUGUUAAACUGGGAACAAUUCUAUUAAUUGGGUAUUUAUCUGUUAUUAGAUGCAAAGAUUAUCUUUGGUAAUCAUGGUUUAAAUAUUUUUUUUCUUUUUGUUAACACAUUUAAUGCAUUUAUUUAAAUAGUAUUGGAUAUGUGUUGGUUUUUGUGAACAGCGUUUAUUAUUUGAUUAUUGCAAUAAAUUCAGCUGUCUAUGCUGAAACUUGUUCUGUAUAGUUUUGUGGCCGAACAUGCAAAUAGAGUUAAUUCAAAGUAAUUUGUCUGUGAGACAUUUCAUUAAGUGUAGAUAUAUAAAUGUAAUAAACGCAAGACAUGUUUGGGUUUUUUUAUAUCUGUUAAUAUAUUUACGAAAUUACUACUUUGUUAGAAAUACAAAAAAUUCUACCACUUAGUUUCAGAGAGAAAUUAUUAAAUGUUGAAAUAUUUCGCAAAUAUGUUACAAAUAUCCCAACAUAUAAAAUAUUGCAUCAAUAUUCUUGUUAGUUAAUAGUUUUUAUGGUGAAAGAGUAGGUAUAAGUGAUAAAGAAUGUGUUUGUUUAGAAUUACGAAUAUAAUGCGUUAUAUUAAUGAUGUUAAUUGCAUGCUUUACUCUCAGUAAGUAGUAGUAUAAAUAAGGAACCAUGGCAUAUUUGAAUGAGAUUAAAUAUACGACCGUGACGGCUCAGUGUCAUUCAAUACCCACAAAAUUAAGUGUUCAGCGUGCCUAACACGUUAUGUCCACUAAUUACAUGAAUCGCUUAGGGUAGCGAGUGGGUGGCGCCGUAUGUGAGAUACGGCGCCAGUUUCACGCGGGGUAGAGUUAGGAGAAUUUUUUUUUCAAGGGAAACAAAGAAUAUUAUAAUAAUAACAUUAUAAGACAAAUUAUAUAAGUCAGUUUUACAAACCAAGUUUCCACAGCUAUGAAAUACAUAAUUUAAGCUUAGCACCACGAAAUGACAAUAUUAUAUAAAAAAAAAUGUAUAAAAAAUAAGUGAAUGGUACUACAUAAUUAAUCGUUAAGUACUUAUGCAAUAGAACUUAAUUGACAUUCAACCUAUUGCAAAACUAUCUGUUAUAAACUAAUACGCUCAAUAUUUUUUAUAAUUAUUAUAUUUAAGAAGAAAGAUUAUUAUAUUAGUUAAAUUCACAGUAUUUUAAAUAAAAUUGACUACAUUCACGAAAUUUAAAAUUAUUUGAAGCAUUGAGCUAACGUUUUUAAAAAGAAGUUUAUUUCGUGCACCUAAUAUUGAUUGUGACAGAUAUUGUGAGAAAACAGUCAUAAGUUAAUUGAAACGAGUCGGUGUUUUAAUUAUUAGCUCUAAAUAACGGAAUUAAUAAUUAAGGAAAUUAUUUUUUAAAUUUAUUAUAUAAAGCUAUUUUACCUUAAAAGUACGCAUUUGGGUAACAUGUGAGAUUAGUUAGGGAUGUCGAGCUAAAUCUCAAGACAUCUCACUGAGAGCCUUUCGUAAUUUAUGGGAUAGCCUUUGUGAAAUUCUAGUAAAUUAACAAUGAUUAUUGUUUUAUUUUAAAAAGGAUAUUAGAUUCCGUUAUUUUGAAAUACAUAUUUUAUUAAAUGUAAAAGUUAUUAUAGUACUUAAAACAAUAUUUAAAUGAACACAUUAACAUAAAUAUAAUAAAUGUUAUAUAAAAUUAUAUUUAAAAUCUGUAUAUUAUAUAUUUUCAGAGUACUUAUAAUAUGAAAUAGUGUAGAAUAUAUAGUAUAACGAAUAAAUAUUUAUUAGAAAUGUUAGAUGGUUUAAGACUAAGUUCAAUCUACCUAAGAAUUAUUUUAAGUUUAUCUAGUUUUAGUCUAAGUAUUACGAUUUAAUCUUGCAUCGUUAUUUGAUAAAUAAAUAAUCUUAAAAACUAAA